AUGAAGCACCGGGUGGUGGAGACGAUCCUGGACGACUUUGGCUACCGCGAGACGAUCGGCGAGGAUGCCCUGUAUGGCGGCUUUGACGAGUUCCUGCGGCACCGCAAGCAGACGGCGUCGCAGGUCCCCUUCACCGAUGCCGCCGUCAGCGAGUUUCUGGACUGGCUGAUGACGGAGCAGCAGGGCGGCGGCGGCCUUGACGACGAGGAAGGCGCUGCCGACUCUGGCGGCGCUGCUGCAGGCGGUGGGGAUGAGCGGCAGCUGGGAGAUCAGGACGAUGAUGAGGAGCCAGAUUACAGCUACAGCGGAUCAUCUGGCAGCGAGGACGGCAGCGGCGGCGGCGGCGGCGAAGAGGCUCGGGGCGGCGGCGGGGGCGAGGUGGUGGUGGUGGAGAGCAGCGAGGAGGACGAGGAGAUGGGAGAGGCUGCGGGCACCGGCGGCUCUGACGUCGAGGUGGUGGAGGCGGUCGUGGCUGGGGAGGAUGAGCUGGAUGAGCUGGCAGCGGCGGCUGGGGAGGUGGAGGGCAUUGAGGAGAGCAGCGAGGAGGAGGCGCCGGCCGCGGCGCGCGCCCGUCGCCGCCCAUCCACCGCAGGCAAGCGGCGCCUCCCUUUCCCCGCGUCCGCCGGCGUCGCCGCGCGGCACGCGCCAACGCCGUCGGGGCAGCCCUCCCGAGGGCCCAGCAUCGAGGCGUUCUUCCAGCGCCUGCCCCGGGGCGUGCCCAGCAACGCGGCGCUGGCGCCGCCGCCGCCACCCUCGGAGCGCCAGCUGCUGGCGGCGGCGGCUGCGCGGCCGGCCUCUGCCCAGGAGCAGCACCUGGAUCUUCUGGACUAUGCCAAUCUCAAGGUCUUUGGCAACAGCUCCUUCCGCAGCGAGCAGCGCCAGAUCAUCGAGGCGGCGCUCAGCGGCAGGGACUGCUUCGUGCUGAUGCCCACCGGCGGCGGCAAGUCGCUCACCUACCAGCUGCCCGCGGUGCUGACGCCGGGCGUCACGGUGGUGGUCACGCCGCUGCUGUCGCUGAUGCAAGACCAGGUUCAGGCGCUGACGCUGCUGCCCUCGGGCGGCGUGCCCACCACCUACCUCAGCUCCCAGCAGACCGUCGCGGAAACCAGGGCGGUGUUUCUGGAGCUGGGCAAGGCGCGGCCCACCAUCAAGCUGCUGUACGUCACGCCGGAGCAGCUGGUCAGGGGAGAGCGCCUGAAGGGCGCGCUGCGCGCGCUGCACAGCCACGGCCUUCUGGCCAGGCUGGUGGUGGACGAAGCGCACUGCGUGAGCGCCUGGGGGCACGACUUCCGGCCUGACUACAAGCAGCUGGGCGCGGUGAAGAGCAGCUGCCUGCGGGGCGUGCCCAUGAUGGCCCUCACAGCCACCGCCACGCCCAAGGUGCGCCAGGACAUCAUGAGCACCCUGCACAUGGCCGCCCCCCGCCAGUUCCAGGUUUCCUUCUUCAGGCCCAACCUGUGCUUCAGAAAGGACUACACCCGCAGCGAGGACAGCGGGCUGGAGGGGUACAUGGAGGAGAUGAUGGUGUACAUCCAGAACCACCGCGAGGGCAGCGGCAUCGUGUACUGCCUGUCCCGCGACAACACCGAGACCAGCGCGGCCGUGCAUGCAGGCAUGACGCCCAAGCAGCGCAUGCAGGUUCAGAACGACUGGCGCACGGGGCGGGUGCAGGUGGUGGUUGCCACCAUCGCGUUUGGCAUGGGCGUGGACAAGGCGGAUGUGCGGUACGUCAUCCACUUCACGCUGUCCAAGUCCAUGGAGGGGUACUACCAGGAAGCUGGGCGGGCAGGGCGGGACGGCGGCCCCGCCGAGUGCCUGCUGUACUAUGCCAAGCGGGACGUACCGCGCAUCGUGCAGCUGCUUCACAAGGGUGCCAAGCGGGCCAAGCAGUCAUUCCAGCGGGAACUAGACCUACUGAAGCAGAUGCAGGCGUACUGUGAGGAUGGAGAGAGGUGCCGCCACGCGCAGGUGCUGGAAUAUUUUGGAGAGAGGUGGCAGCAGGGAAGCUGCGGCGCCGCGUGCGACGUGUGCUGCGGGCCGCCCGCGCAGCAGCAGCCGGCGGCGCGCGGCGGCGGCGGCGGCCGGCGGCUGGCGGCCCGCCAGCCCCCGCAGGGAUUCCAGCCCGCCUCCACGCUGCUUCCGGGGCAGCAAGGCGGUGGCGGCAGCGGGAGCGGGCAGCGGCAGCAGCCCGCGGGCUCGGCGCGCGCGCGGCAGAUGCAGGCGGCGGCGGCGGCGGCUGCCGCCAACGGCGGCUGGCGCACCAAGAAGGGCGGCAAGGAGAAUCCAGCAGCAGCCGCCGCCGGCCCUCCCGCCUUUGUCACAGCCGCCUCGCUCGCCAGGCAGCAGCAGGCGGCGGCGGCGGCGGCGGCGGGCGGCAAGAGGGGCGGCAAGGCGCCGGCUGCGGCGCAGAGCAACACGCUGGACCGGCUGUUUGGCGGCGGCAAGAAGAAGUGA